UGGGGCUGCCCUCAGUUAGCGACCAGACGGGAGACUGCGCGCUAGUCUGCACUGGAGGGGACGAAGGGGUCAGUGAGCGCGUCAUCGAAAUCGCUUUCUCCUCUUAGUCUUCCGUUGUCGAGGGUCCACCUCUGGGACCGACUUUUUGAGGCCCCCGACUCCUCUCCCGGCUGGUGACCCGGAGCCCGGGCUCAGCCCUCCCCUCCGCGCCUGCCCGCAGGUGGAGGGUCGGCAGGCAGAAUGGAGUUCAAGCUGGAGGCGCACCGCAUCGUCAGCAUCUCGCUGGGCAAGAUCUACAACUCGCGGGUCCAGCGGGGCGGCAUCAAGCUGCACAAGAACCUGCUGGUGUCCCUGGUGCUGCGCAGCGCCCGCCAGGUCUACCUGAGCGACCCGUGUCCCGGCCUCUACCUGGCCGGUCCCUCGGAGCUGGCGGCCGGGUCCCCGGCGGGCUGGGGAGAGCCGCCCGCCCCCGCCGCCGCCGCCGGGCUGGAGACCGAGCCGCGGCCGGAACUCUCUGCGGCCCCAGACGCUCUGCGGGCGGGUGACGCCGAGCUUGCGACUACCGUGACCUGCGCCAGGGACACUCUUCAGGGCGGAGAGGUGGCGGCGGGGGGAGCCGGGGACCCAGCCGGAGGCUCGGACGUCUUCCCGGAGGGGCCCCGAGAGGCUCGCCGCUACCGUGGCUGCCCCCCAGGGGUGGAGGACCAGCAGGGGACGCCGGGCGCGUCUCCCCCCGGGGACCGCAGCGCGGAGGACGGGCCCCCGGCGCCGGCCCCGCUCUGCCCCAGGAAGCGCCCCGCGGCGGGGGCCGGCGGCUGGGGCCGCCCGGCGCCUGGCCUGACCCCGGUGAAGAAGCCCCGCUGGGACCCGGAGGGGCCGCCGAGCCGGGCGGAGGAAGGGGAGGAGGAGGAGAUGGAGACCGGGAACGUGGCGAACCUCAUUAGCAUCUUCGGCUCCAGCUUCUCGGGACUCCUGCGGAAAAGCCCGCGGGGCGGCGGGGAGGAAGCCGAGGGCGACGAGAGGGGCCCGGAAGCCGCCGAGCCCGGGCAGAUCUUCUGCGAUAAGGGGGUGCUGAGAGACAUGAACCCCUGGAGCACAGCCAUCGAGGCCUUCUGAGCUCCCGGCCCCGCUGGGCGGGCUGGAGGUUGAGCAUCGGGCGUCCCGACGUGCGGGCUGGGCAGCUCCUGUCCCCGAGGACGCCCCGGAGACGCGGGCGCCGGGCGCCGGGGAGACUGGGCGCUGCGGGGCGGCACGGACCGCCCUCGGCCUCGGCCGUGCUGGCCUCUCCGGGGACCUCUCUUGAGACUUGGGAGCGCGAGGCUUAUCGGAAGAGGACGGCUGUUCAUUUAUGUGUCUGUGUAUCUGUGUCUGUAAGUUUGUGUUUGUGAAUUAAGACUAUUUUGUCCUCCUGGAAUGCUUCUUCGCCCCUGCCCCAGGGCCGAGGAGAGCGGGGGCAGGCGGGGACUUUCCUCCACCCGCAGCGCCGAGAAGGGCCCGGGAGUUCCCCGUUCGUGCUGGAGGCAGGAAGGGACUUUACACACGCCCCUCGCAGGAAAGCCAGAGCCCUAGCGGGGCCCGGAGCGGCGCUUCCUCGCAGGAUUUCCUAAGACUACAGUGAUUCGGUCUGGAGUAGAGACUUGUAUUAUUCUCCCUCCCCUCCUUUCUCUCACUGAAGAAACGUUUAAGAAACCCUGUGAUGAUUCUGGGAAAGGGGACUCUUGGUCCGGGUCUUCCCCACGGGGGGGGGGGGGGGGGGGGGGAGACAAUAAAAAGCUUGAUAAAGAGUUCAAGCUUGGAAAUAAUGGAGUUAUAGAGAAAAGAUAUAUUUUUUAAAAGCUCUAGCUCUAAACUACUACACAGUGCUUUUAAAAAGUGUUGAAUGAAACAAAGUUUACAGACAGAACCCCUAAGUGAAAAGACCGUAUGGUUUUGUAGCUAUGGUGACUCCAGUCUUUGUUGUAUAAAGGUUGGGGGAGCUGGUUUUUUUUUUGUUGUUGUUUUUUUGUACAGUAUUUUCUCCUUCGUUGUAUUGACUUUUUUUUGUAUAAAAAAUGUAAACUUCACGUGUCUAACACGUAUUAAAUAUUUUGAAGCAACA